AUGGGCCUGACGGCGGAUUUUGACGAUCGACAGACGCACAUCGAGGCUGAAAGCAAUGAAUAUCAUCCUUAUGAAUAUCAAACGGAGAAUAACUCCUCCUGGGCAGGAGCUCUCCCCGUGAAACAGGGUCUCUAUGAUCCUGAUUUGGAAAAAGAUGCUUGUGGUGUAGGCUUUGCAUGCCACAUCAAGGGCAAGCCAAGCCACAAAAUCGUUAGCGAUGCACGCAACCUGCUGUGUAACAUGACCCAUAGAGGUGCUGUUGGUUCUGACGCGAGAGAUGGCGAUGGUGCCGGUGUUAUGACCUCUAUUCCUCACAAGUUUUUCAUCAAGAACUUUGAGCGCGAGGUGGACAUCAAGCUGCCCCCUCUGGGCCAGUAUGCUGUUGGUAACCUGUUUUUUAAACCUGAUCAAGAGACGCUCCACGAGUCCAAGCGGCAAUUGGAAGACAUUGCCGAGUCACUUGGACUCCGUGUUUUGGGAUGGCGAGAGCCUCCCGUCGACUCUACUCUUCUUGGCCCUGCUGCCAAGUCCCGAGAGCCCAUCAUCAUGCAGCCUUUUGUUGUUCUCACCUCAGCCUAUGGUGCCGGAAAUGCCCCCGAGACGACUGAUCCCGAGAAAUUCGAUGAGAGACUGUUUGAGAGGCAGUUGUACGUUCUGCGAAAGCGGGCCACGCACACCAUUGGGCUUCAGAACUGGUUUUACCUCUGUUCGCUGUCGAACAAGAACAUUGUCUACAAGGGUCAGCUAGCGCCUGUGCAAGUCUAUGAGUACUAUCAUGAUUUGGUCAAUGCGGAUUACGAGGCUCACUUUGCCCUCGUCCACUCGCGUUUCUCUACCAACACUUUCCCCUCUUGGGAUCGUGCACAGCCUCUUCGCUGGGCUGCUCACAACGGCGAGAUCAACACUCUGCGCGGAAACAAGAACUGGAUGCGUGCUCGCGAGGGUGUCAUGCAAUCUGACAUCUUUGGUGACGAACUUGAGCUGCUUUACCCCAUCGUUGAGGACGGCGGUUCGGACUCUGCUGCUUUUGACAACGUGCUUGAGCUGCUCACGAUCAACGGCGUGCUGUCUCUUCCAGAGGCUGUCAUGCUGAUGGUCCCCGAGGCAUGGCAGGGUAACGACCACAUGGAUCCCAAGAAGGCUGCAUUUUACGAAUGGGCUGCUUGUCAAAUGGAACCCUGGGACGGCCCUGCCCUUUUCACUUUCGCAGAUGGCCGCUUCUGCGGUGCCAAUCUGGACCGCAACGGACUCAGGCCCUGCCGUUUCUACGUCAUGGAUGACGACCGCAUAAUCUGCGCUUCCGAGGUCGGCACUAUUCCUGUCGACCCAGAAAGGGUCAUUCAGAAAGGCCGUCUCCAGCCUGGAAAGAUGCUUUUGGUGGACACUGUCGCAGGGCGCAUCAUCGACGACAGCGAACUCAAGGCGGCUGUUUCGAGUCGCCAGGACUUCCGCUCUUGGUUGGACAAGGAGCUUAUCAGCCUUCCGACUCUCGUUGACUCAAUCGCACAGGACAAGACUAUUCAACUCGAGGCCAAGCCUGACGCCACCGCUCUUCAGGAGGAUCCUAUGCUGCAUGCAUUUGGAUACACCUUUGAGCAGGUUAGCUUGCUGCUUGCUCCAAUGGCACAGGAUGAGAAGGAGGCGUUGGGCUCCAUGGGCAACGACUCACCGCUUGCCUGUCUUUCCCAGGCACCUCACCUUCUAUACGAGUACUUCAGGCAGCUUUUCGCCCAGGUCACCAACCCGCCUAUUGAUCCCAUCCGAGAGUCUGUCGUUAUGUCUCUCGAGUGCUACGUGGGCCCGCAGGGUAACCUCCUGGAGAUGGAUGCUUCGCAAUGCGGAAGACUUCUGCUCCCAAGCCCUAUUCUCUCGAUUCCGGAGUUCAAUGCGAUUAAGAACAUGCCUAAGCUGUACCCUGAGUGGACGGUCAAGGUCAUUGAUAUCACGUUCCCCAAGAAAGAAGGUGUUGAGGGAUACAUGAGGCACCUCGACUACAUCUGCAACGAGACUACUGCUGCUAUUGAGAACCGAGACCGCGUCAUUGUGCUUUCUGACCGCAACACCUCGGCCGAUCGGGUAGCUGUAUCUGCUCUGCUGGCUUCUGGCAUGGUCCACCAUCAUCUUGUUAGCAACAAGUGGCGUUCUAUGGCUGCACUUGUUGUCGAGACCGCGGAGGCUCGUGAGGUUCAUCACAUGUGUGUGCUUCUUGGAUAUGGUGCUGACGCCGUCAACCCUUACUUGGCUAUGGAGUGUAUUCUGAAGCUCAACCGCGAAAAGCUCAUCAAGAAGGAGCUCACAGACGAAAUGCUCAUCUACAACUACAAGCACUCUUGUGAUGGUGGCAUUCUCAAGGUCAUGAGCAAGAUGGGAAUUUCAACCUUGGCCAGUUACAAGGGCGCUCAGAUCUUUGAGGCCCUCGGUGUUGAUGACAGCGUGGUCGAACGCUGCUUCAGAGGUACGGCCUCGCGAAUCAAGGGUGUAACCUUUGAGAUCAUUGCCGAGGAUGCUUUCCGUUUUCAUGAGCGUGGAUUCCCUUCGCGUCACACUGUCACUGUUCCUGGUCUCCCAGAGUCAGGCGAGUACCACUGGCGCGAUGGUGGAGAGCCUCACAUCAACGACCCUACGUCGAUUGCCAACAUUCAGGAUGCGGUUCGUACCAAGAAUGACAAGUCAUACGAGGCCUACUCUCGGUCAGAGUAUGAGCAGAUCAAGGCUUGCACGCUCCGUGGCAUGCUUGACUUCAGCUUUGACGACGCUACCCCUGUUCCCAUUGAUCAGGUCGAGCCGUGGACCGAGAUUGUGCGCCGCUUCUGCACUGGCGCCAUGUCUUACGGCUCCAUCUCCAUGGAGUCGCACUCGACCUUGGCUGUUGCCAUGAACCGCUUGGGUGGCAAAUCCAACACCGGAGAGGGCGGUGAAGACCCGGAACGCUCUCAGCGUAUGCCUAAUGGCGACACAAUGCGCUCUGCUAUCAAGCAGGUUGCCAGUGGACGCUUUGGUGUCACUUCGGCAUAUCUGGCCGACUCCGAUGAACUGCAGAUCAAGAUGGCCCAGGGUGCCAAGCCCGGCGAGGGUGGUGAGCUCCCCGGCCACAAGGUGUCCAAGUCCAUCGCGCGCACACGUCACUCAACACCCGGCGUGGGACUUAUCUCACCUCCGCCCCAUCACGACAUCUACAGUAUCGAGGAUCUGAAGCAGCUUAUUUACGACCUGAAGUGCUCCAGUCCUCGUUCUCGCGUCUCUGUCAAGCUCGUGUCCGAGACUGGUGUUGGUAUCGUCGCCUCUGGAGUUGCCAAGGCCAAGGCUGAUCACAUUCUGAUUUCGGGCCACGAUGGAGGCACCGGUGCGUCGCGCUGGACUGGUAUCAAGUAUGCCGGUCUUCCUUGGGAGCUGGGUCUGGCGGAGACUCACCAGACUCUGGUCCUUAACGAUCUGCGUGGUCGUGUCGUUGUCCAGACCGAUGGUCAGCUGCGCACUGGUCGUGAUGUUGCCAUCGCCUGCCUACUUGGAGCAGAGGAAUGGGGCUUUGCCACGACUCCUCUGAUCGCUAUGGGCUGCAUUAUGAUGCGCAAAUGUCACUUGAACAGCUGUCCCGUGGGAAUCGCUACCCAGGAUCCGGAGCUGCGCAAGAAGUUUAAGGGCACCCCUGAGCACGUGAUUAACUUCUUCUACUACAUUGCCAACGAGCUCCGUGCCAUCAUGGCCAGGCUGGGAUUCCGCACCAUCAACGAGAUGGUUGGCCACGCUGAGAUGCUGAAAGUCCGGGACGAUCUCCGCACCAACAAGACUGAGAACAUUGACCUGUCUCUGAUUCUCACGCCUGCCCACAAGCUCCGCCCUGGCGUGGCUACGUUCAACGUUCGCAAGCAAGACCACCGUCUUUACGUGAGAAUGGACAACAAGCUUAUUUCCGAGGCUGAGCUUACCCUGGACAAGGGCCUGCCGUCCCGUAUUGAGUGUGACGUGGUCAACACGGAUCGAGCGUUGGGCACCUCGCUGUCCUACCAGAUCUCCAAGAAGUACGGUGAGGCUGGUCUGCCUAUGGAUACCGUCCACGUCAACAUUAAGGGGUCAGCUGGCCAGUCCUUCGGUGCCUUCCUUGCACCUGGCGUCACAUUGGAGCUUGAGGGUGAUGCCAAUGACUAUGUUGGUAAGGGUCUUUCCGGUGGUCGUCUGGUGAUUUACCCGCCCCGUUCGGCCGUGUUUAAGGCUGAGGAGAACGUUCUCAUCGGCAACACCUGCUUGUACGGAGCGACCAGCGGUAGCUGUUUCUUCCGUGGCGUUGCUGCCGAGCGCUUUGCCGUCCGCAACUCGGGUGCCACUGCGGUCGUUGAGGGUGUUGGUGACCACGGUUGUGAGUACAUGACUGGUGGCCGCGUGGUGGUUCUGGGCAGCACUGGGCGCAACUUCGCAGCUGGUAUGUCGGGCGGCAUUGCCUACGUUCUUGACAUCCACCACGACUUCAUGUCCAAGCUCAACAUGGAGAUGGUUGAAGCGUCUGGCCUCGAAGACCCUGAGGAGAUCGCAUACGUUCGGGGCCUUAUCGAGGAUCACCACCACUACACCGGCUCAGAGCUGGCCGCCCGCAUCCUUGUUGACUUCAACCGCGCUCUGCCACGCUUCAUCAAGGUUUUGCCAGUUGACUACAAGCGUGUCAUUCAGGAGGAGGCUGCAAAGGCAGCUGAGGCCAAGCGAGCCGAAUACAGCCUUCCUGUACUGCCCAGCCACCCGCCCAAGAAGGAUGAGAAGGCAGCCAAGCUCCAGGAUAUCGAGGAGACCAUUGGAGAUGCCGCUGCAGACAAGAAAAAGGCUCUCAAGCUUGACAAGACCAAGGGUUUCAUGAAGUACCACCGCCAGAACGAGAAAUACCGCAGUUCCAAGACCCGCACCAAGGACUGGGCUGAGAUCUCGAGCCGCCUUGAUGAGGAUCAGCUCAAGUACCAGACCGCCCGCUGCAUGGACUGUGGUGUUCCUUUCUGCCAGUCCGAUACAGGUUGCCCGAUCUCCAACAUUAUCCCUAAAUGGAACGAAUUGGUAUUCCGGGGACAAUGGCGCGAUGCUCUCAACCGUCUGCUCAUGACGAACAACUUCCCCGAGUUUACUGGCCGUGUGUGUCCCGCACCGUGUGAGGGGGCUUGUGUGUUGGGAAUCAACGAGGACCCUGUUGGCAUCAAGUCUAUCGAGUGUGCCAUAAUCGACCGCGGUUUUGAGAAGGGCUGGAUGGUACCCCAACCCCCCAAGGUCCGCACUGGCAAGACCGUUGCCGUUAUUGGUUCUGGCCCUGCUGGUCUUGCUGCUGCCGACCAGCUGAACAAGGCGGGUCACCUCGUAACUGUUUACGAACGCUCCGAUCGCCUUGGUGGUCUGCUCAUGUAUGGUAUUCCCAACAUGAAGCUGGACAAGCGUAUUGUUAAGAGGCGAACCGACUUUAUGGCCGCCGAGGGCAUUCAGUUCAAGACGGGUGUUGAUGUGGGCAAUGGUGACGUGACUCUAGCGUCCCUGAAGGCUUCUCACGACGCUGUGGUUAUCUGCACUGGUGCCACAGUUGCCCGUGACCUUCCUAUCAAGGGUCGCAACCUGGAGGGCGUACACUUUGCUAUGGAGUUCCUCCACAAGAACACCAAGUCGCUGCUCGACUCGGAGCUGACUGAUGGCUCUUACAUCUCGGCCAAGGACAAGAACGUUGUUGUUAUCGGCGGUGGUGAUACCGGCAACGACUGCAUCGGUACUUCGGUCCGCCACGGCGCCAAGUCUGUCAUCAACUUCGAGCUGCUCCCGCAGCCACCCCCUGAGCGGGCCAAUGACAACCCCUGGCCGCAGUGGCCUCGCAUCUACCGGGUUGACUAUGGCCACUCAGAGGUGCGCCAGCACAUGGGCAAGGAUCCUCGUGAGUACUGCAUCAUGUCCGAGGAGUUCGUCGACGAUGGCUCUGGCAAGGUAAAGGGUAUCAACACUGUACGUGUGGAGUGGACCAAGUCAGCUAGUGGCGGCUGGGACAUGAAGAAGGUUGAGGGAUCGCAGCAAUUCUUCCCUGCCGACCUUGUUCUUCUCUCUAUGGGUUUCCUGGGCCCUGAGGCGCGUGUUCUGGGCGACGACAUUGAGAAGGAUGCCCGAAAGAACGUCAAGACAGCUCCGGGCAAGUACUCGACCAAUAUGGAGGGUGUUUUUGCUGCUGGUGACUGCCGCAGAGGCCAGUCCUUGAUCGUUUGGGGUAUCAACGAGGGCAGGCAAGCCGCCCGCGAGAUUGAUCUGUACUUGGAGAAGUACACCAGUCUGCCGGUUACUGGUGGUAUCGUCAAGCGCACAGCGCAGGAGAUCUUCAGCGCAGUUAAGCCUGUUGCACCUGUCAUGGCCUAA